CAGCAUGGCACCGUGUAACUCGACUCCACCUGAGAGCUCAUUGGAGACAGCAUUGGCGAAUCCCCCAGCUAUGCAGGGCCCGGAGAGUGGUCUGGAGGAGUUGAGUUACAUUCGUGGGUUAGUGAGAUCAGCAAGUGGGCGUUUUCCCGUUUCAGACUUAGCGAGUGCAAGGGUGCUUGAACUUCAUUCCGUUCCCAAGAACUCAACAGGUCUCCCUGUCCUCGAACGGGUAAACUGGACCUCUGUGGAGCAGCAGCUCUCUGGAAUCAGCGUCACCAUUCACGAAGAGAAACCACCGGCAGAAGCGACACUUGAAGGGCUCCGGUGCUUUUUGAGGGAGCGGAUAGAGAGAGAGAGAGACCAGAGCAUGGUCACACUGCUGAAGCAGAACCUGCCGCUGGACUGAGCGGAGAACGCUGUUUCAGUGAUGACAGGAGCCGAGAGCAACACAAGUCAGCCCCCAGCAACUACUAGGACUGCUCUCCCCGGAUUGUCCAUCAAACCAGGAAAAUCGUGAAAGAGAACGAAAAGCAGAGGAUGAGCGAGUCACAGAAUCGGACAACAACGUAAAGGGAAUAGGAUUCCAGGUGUACAAGGCAAGCUGAGAUGACACCCCUUUCUGACUUGGAGCAGCAGUGUGUGACGAAGAGACUCCAGAUUUAAUAAACCCACGGAAAGCUGCUAGCCUCUGUGUCUGCAUUUAUAUGUGCGCUUUCAAAUUGCCAAUCUCCGGUGAAAGCAGACUGUGAUGUGCUUUAAUUCUCACCAAGUGUCCUGGUUUAGAUGGAAGAAUUUGCAGGUCUCGGCUGUAGUUUACAAAUUGCUGCUUCCACUGUAAAGUCAUAAAACAAAAACGCACACAAGGAUUAUUCUCACCAGGCACAUGUACUGUUUCUGCUCCCAAGUGUUUGGAUGAAGCAAAUACUGGCUGUACAUUCACAGGAGCUGCCUCUGGCAUUGUGGAUUUUUAAACUGCCUGCUGUUUUACAAUUAGAAUUCCUUAAUUGUUAAGAGUGAUGGGAAUGUCACAGACCAGAGUCUGUUUCGUGGACUGGAUUACUUUAUUGCAGUUAUGGAUUAUAUUUCUGUUGGGACUGUGCACGCCAGUAACGGAGGCAGAUUUUUGUCCUUUGGAGUGUCGUUGCGAUAAGAAAUUUGUUUACUGUAAUGACCGUGGCUUGACAUCAGUGCCUGCUGGGAUACCAGAGGGUGCCGCUAUUCUCUACCUCCAAAACAACGUCAUCAACAAUGCUGGAUUUCCUCUUGACUUGCGAAAUGUGCUGUCUGUUCAAACAGUAUACUUGUACGGCAAUGAGUUGGAUGAGUUCCCCGUAAACCUACCAAAAAACAUGAAAGAGCUCCACUUACAGGAGAAUAAUAUCCAGACUGUCUCCCGGGAAGCUCUCAGCCAGUUGCAGAAACUCGAAAAGCUACAUCUGGAUGACAACUCCAUCUCAACAGUUGGCAUUGAGGAUGGCGCUUUUCGAGAAGCUACCAACCUCAAGUUGCUGUUCUUGUCCAGGAACCACCUGAGCAGUGUGCCUGUUGGGCUCCCAUUAGGGUUGGAAGAGCUCCGGCUGGAUGAGAACCGGAUCUCCACUGUGCCGGAGCUAGCCUUUCAGAAUCUGACCCUUCUUCAGCGCUUGGUCUUGGAUGGGAACCUCCUGACCGACAGUGGGAUUUCUAAGGGAGCCCUGGAGCCGCUGGUCAAGUUAACUGAACUCUCGCUGGUGAGGAAUUCUCUCACUGUGCCCCCACCAAAUCUUCCAGGUGGCCACUUGGUGAAACUGAAUUUGCAGGAGAACCAAAUCAGUCAGAUUCCGGUCACCGCCUUCACACAACUGAAACGGCUCGAGAAGCUGGAUCUCUCCAAUAAUCAGCUGCGGAUGCUGGUGAGAGGAGUUUUUGAUGGUAUGACCAGUCUGAAACAGAUUCUUUUGAGGAAUAAUCCCUGGUAUUGCGACUGCAACAUAAAAUGGGUAACCAAAUGGCUGCAGUCACUUUCGUUUUCUAUAAACGUGCGUGGGCUGAUGUGUCAGGGCCCAGAAAAGGUCAGAGGAAUGGCUAUAAGAGACCUGAACAUAAACCUGGUAUCCUGCCCAACUACCGUACCCACUCCUCAAAUCACACCCAACCCACCUGCUCCCUUGCCAUCUGCUGUGGUGACUGUCAUUCCUACCACCUACACUUCUGGUGCCAACACCUCCAUUCUUUCCUUAGCACCAGGGUCAACUGCUCUUGUGCCUACCGGAGACAAAGAAUUCACGGACCCUUUGCCUGUCGGUCAGUUGCAACUAACUGUGCAGUUCGUGAAUGACACAUGCAUUCAAAUCAGUUGGCUGGCCAUAUUUGCAGUGACCAAGUACAGAAUCACCUGGGUGAAACUGGGUCACAGUUUAGUCGGUGGCAUUGUGCACGAAAGGAUAGUCAGCGGAAAUAUGGAGCAACUGAGCUUGCUAAAUCUGGAGCCAAAAUCGACCUACAGGAUUUGCAUGGUCUUGCUGGAUGCCUCAAAUAACUUGCACAUGGAGGACGAUACUGUUUGUUUAGAAGCCACCACAAAGUCGUCAUCUUUUAACACGAACAUGGCCUCAAGUCCUGAGCAGGCAGCCCAGCAGGACCUGAGCUCCCCAUUACUUUUGGCAGGGUUGAUAGGGGGAGCUGUGAUCAUUGUACUGGUGGGUCUGCUUGGUGUUUUCUGCUGGCACAUGCAUAAAAAGGGCAAAUACGAUUCGCACUCAUGGAAGUACAAUCGGGGGAGGAGGAAAGAUGACUACUGCGAGGCUGGCACAAAAAAGGACAACACUAUUCUCGAAAUGACUGAGACCAGUUUUCACAUAGUCUCAUUAAACAAUGAACAAAUGCUCAAAGAGGAUUUUAGACUGCAGUCAAUAUACCCUCCGAAUGGAGCGAUUAACUUUACAGACUGCCACACCAGAAGCAACAGCAGAUACUGUACUGGUGGGGCACCAGAUUUGGAGCAAUGUCAUACAUGACUGUGCAGAAUAAUGACCGUGCAGUUAUAGGACUUUCUAGAAUAUAUUUGUGAAAUAUUGUCCAGACAGAUUGUGUCUGCCUACUGUGUAAUUUAUACAGUGUAAAAAAAGGCUAUCUUUUUUAUUAUAAAAAAUAAGUAGCAACAAUUUUGUAAUGCAGUCAAGUGAUUUAAGAAAAAAGAGAUUAAGUAAGCUGUAUCGUUGUUGCUGUACAAUCAAGGCCUAUGUUCAUAAAAGAUUUUUUUUUUAAAAGUAUGACAGCAUUUAAUGAUGUGGUUUCACAGUUGGGGUUUAAAACAUCUUGUGAACAGUUACGCUGGCACCUAAUUUAAAUACUAACAAAUACUGACAGUUGGUCUGAUCUUCCCAAGCCAUCCCUCCACCAUGUUUCUCACUUUCCUGUCUUGAAAGUGGUCGUCCCACAUUGUGGCAUUGAUUCCUCUUUUGUCAGUAACUUGUCCCUCAGUAUGGCCCGAUUGAGUUGUGAACUUAAAUAUGACUGCAAGUUUGCAGUCACGGAGGCAGUCCAGUCAAACCCAACAUCCACCUACUUUUCAGCUGGGCGAGCAGUGCAUUGCAUUGUGCUGCAGUCAGGCGUGGAACCUAUUAAUAAUUCUCUGUAGUCUUACUGCACACUCCCCCCAACCCAAUCAGUAGCACCUUGAGACCAGAUUUAGCACCUUACUACUUAACUGUGACCAACCCACUUGGCUCAGCUAGCAGUUGGUCUUCACGACUGAAAACUACACCGCACAUUUAAUGACCCAUUUCAGAAGUUCUACUGCUUCAAUUGCAUGUUCACUACCUUCAGUAGAACAGAUGAGCAGUAUAAAUUGAUGGCUUUUCAUAGCGACUUCUUAACACGCCAGUUAAACUCAGAUCUUUUAUUUCAAGCUGUGAUUAGAUUCCCUCCUACAAUUAAGUGAAUUAAAUUUAUUCAAUUCAAACUCGACAAUAGACAAUAUUUUAUACAUUUGAAAAGUAUGAUAGGUUCAUAAUAAUUAGGUCAAAUUAGAUGUAGAAUUUAUCACAAGGUAAUAUUAUAGUUCUAGCACAUUUGUUGAUUAACAGAAGACAAAAUGAGGGAUGUUCUCAAACAACAAAAACUAAGUAAUUCAAAGGGUACACAUUUAUUAUUGUUGACUUGGUAAAAUUUUACUUGCAUUUGAGACAAAAAAAAUUUGAGCCAUUUUAGUUAAUGUGAUUUUAGCCCAAAGCCACCAAGUCAUGGUAACAGUGAAGCAUUAGGAUGCCGACUUACUCACCAAUUCAGUCCUUAUGAAGAAAAUCAUACAGGAAGACUAAAUAUGUAAUAAAAUGACAUGAAUUGAUCAGCAUUACAUCGGGUCCUCACAGGUAAUAUGAAGCAUUUACAUGUCCACUCAAAAACCUGGUGUCAUAGGUUCAAGCGAAAUAGUAGAAGGAUUCAAGGGGAUAUGAGAAACUUUUUUUAUGUAGAGGGUGGUGGCUGUCUGGAAUUUGCUGCCUGAGGUGGAGGCAGACAUCCUAAACUUGAAAAGUACCUGGAUCUGCACCUUAAAUGCUGUAAGUUGCAGGGCUAUGAGCCAAAUGCAGGAAAAUGGGAUUAAAAAGAACGUCCGGGUGUCUUUGGGUCAACGUGGACUAGAUGUGCUGAAUGGCCUCCUACUGUGCUGUAUCAUUUUGAUGGCUCUAAGUGGAAGCCAUUUGUUACAUUUCAUACUUGUUGCUCAGAUGAAUGAGUUAGAGCUGGGGCAUCUAAUUAUUUUUAUAAUCAAGUGUCCAACUAAUUGUUGGAACAAUUGUUAACUUUUUAGUUACAUUAUGGUUUACAAAAAAUGGUGUCAUUUCUUACUUCAGUGUGCAGAUGCCAUCUUUAACAGGAGCGUAUUGCUGUCAUACCAAACAAACUUUACCCAUUCAGAUUGGCCAGUUUGCAACUAAAGCUUUUCUACUCUAUACUUGGGGUUUUUAUUUCUCCCUUCUGUCUCUGUCUCCCUGUGCCUUCCAUGCCACAAAAAGGAUGGCCUGUUUCCUUAUCCUCUGACCCCUGCCAGCUCAGCUGUGUUGGCAGCCUGAGGGGAGGGUAUAAACACCAUGGCAUGACUGAGAUCAGGAACUCGCCAUGCAUAAGCACAAACUCAAUAAUAUACCAUUUCCGUGGCGUCACAAAGACCUUUAACACUUAGUGUUAUGUGCCACAAUAUCCUGUUUAGUUGACAGAAAGGACAGCUUGUUAACUGAAGAACGAUGACUCCAUUUUAAUAAUAAGACUACUGCAUUAACAGUGUUCUAUAUAAUAUCUGAAUGAUAACAGUAUUCUGUCCAAUUUCUGUCAAUGGUCAUCGGUAAAUUAUCUUGGGCAUACUGAUAAUGAAAGCUGAAGCAUUAGAAAUUCACGUAAGUCUCUAAUGGUUAUACAUUUAAUUAAUUUAAUCUGAUUAAUCCACGUAACAUUGACCCCACUGCAAUGUUCAUUCCUUGUAACUUCCACUUAAAAACCAACAGUUCUGAUAUUGAGCCAGUUUUGAGAAUAAGCAAUACUGGUAAACAGGCAUCGCACUAAGGUGAUCAGAAUAAUAACAGAAGUCCAGAAUCUUUUUUUUUAAAUUAAGAAAAUGCCUACAGGAAGAAUGCUUAAAAAAUAUAUUAAAAUCUAUUGCUACUUUUGUAAUACAGAUGUCAGAACAUGUUUGUGCAAAUUACACAGUGUCAAAAUAUUUUGGUUUAACCUUUUCAUUAUGUUCCGAAUUUUCUGUAGUGCAAGGAACCAAAGUUCAUUAGCUUGCACCCUUUUGGUGUAUCAUGUAUGUGCCUUGAAUUUAAAUCAUAAUGUUCAGCCCUUGAAAUCUUCUCAUUCCUACCCCCACCUUAUUAUUUUGCAGAGAAUGUAUGAGUACAUUAACAAAACAAAGCUUUUGUGAAAAAAAUAAACAGCUAUGAAAGUUGACUAUUUCAAAAGUAAAGUCAUGUGGAUCAUCUUAAUUUCAGGUAAAGAUAACUGACUUUUAUGUUUGUGCAGUCUUAGAAAUCUUGUCUUUGGUUCUGAGUUGUUACGAAAGCAACAAGUACCCCUUUUGUGACAUAACGACCACUUUUUACCAUUUUAAAAUCUUCUAGAAAAUAGACUAAGAUGAUUUUUUUUUAAAUGAGAACAGAUAGAUUUUUGUAGUAAUUUAAAGAAAUGCAGUGACCAAGCAAUUUGUGGAACAGCACACAAUAGCCCAUGACGUGAUUACAAAUUCCCCUUUUAAAAUACGAAAUAAUGUGAUAAUUUAUUAAAUUGGUUAGUGAUACCUUAUACAGUGCAACACAUUUCUUUAGAUUCAACAUGCCAAGGGUCUGUUGCCACAAUUGACAACCAGUUAAUCCUUAUUUUAUAAAUGGAUCAGUGCACUGUUAGCUUUUUAUUUUUUUAAAUAACUGCUUCAGAGCCAAUGUUGUAAUAAAAAAAUCCUUUGAAAAUAUUUUUUCUACUGCAAAAUGGAUUAAAAGUACCCUUUUUUUUAACACUGGGUGAAAAAAAAACACAUUUCCGAACCAUAGGGAGAUGAAGGGAUCAAGGUCACUUGUGCUCAGUUUAACUGUUUAGCCUUAUCUAGAGCAGAAAAUCUCAUGUCGAGAAUUCAACAGUACAUUUUAUGUUUUGUGUAUAUUUUUGUCUUGUCAAGGUGGGAGAAAGAAAUCUUAUGCUUUAUAUAUAAAAUGGCUACUUGAUGUAACUUAUAAUAAUGCACAGAUAUACUUGUUUUACUGACAGGUUGCAGAAUCCAGAGAUACUCUGUACCUCACUUGCAUAUUCCUUACUUUCAACAAAUUCUCUGUAUUUCUAAAAGAUUGUUUGAAGGAUGUCCAUAACCAAAAUACAAAAUAAAGUAUGGUCACAACAUACACUGUGCUGGCAUUAGAACUGCUUCAUGUUAUUCGGAAUAAAUGGAAGAUACAGCAUGAGUCAGGCUUGUGAACUUUU